AUGGAACUGGUUUUUACCAAAAAUGCAUCAUUCAUCAUGGAUCUUAUCGACCAGUCGACGCGCCAGCGGGAGGAACUCUGCAACAAGCUGUCCGUACUGAAGGACCGCAACGAGAACGACAAGGUGAUGCACAUCCAGGAGAUGCGCGAGAUGCAGCGUCGCCUGGAGCACGAUGCCAAGUUGCAGAAGUUCUUUGAAAUAAAAGGCCAGAAGCGACUCAAUCCAGAGCUGGAGCAGCGCGAGCUGGACAAAAAGCAGAGCCAGAAGGAGACCUACGAGCGGCAACUCCUGGAGUACAAGGAGAUUAUCGAGAAAAUCAAGCUGCUCUACGGAGAGGAGGAUGCGGAGCGACUGGUGGCCCAGUUCAAGCGCCAGGAGGACGAAAACUUUGCCCUCUUCAAUUAUGUGAACGAACUGAGCCACGAGGUGGAGGUGUUGAACGAUUCCACACAAGAGCUGCAGGAUGAAAUAGAACGUCAGAAAUCGGAGCAGACAGAAAAGGAGUUGAAGCUCAAGACUGAGGCGCUGGACUAUCUGAAUGCCGAAAAGGAGCGGAUCGAGCAACUUGCUGAAGAGACUAGGGAAAAGAAGCGCACCCUGAUCAUCAGACUAGACCAGCUUCUCAAGGGCAUCGAGGAUAUAUUCAGACAACUAGCCUGCGACAAUGCCCCCAUCCUGAAUGUGCUUAGCACGAAGUCUUUUUUAACGGUGCACAACGUAAUUAUUGGCGUUAUUGAGCGACGCGUCAAUCUAAUCAUCAGUGCCAUUAAUAUCGAGGAUAAUUCCAAUAAAAUACUGGCCAGAAAAGAUCGAGUUCCCAAGUUUAACAUACGGGAAUCGGCCAAGACUAAAACUUGA